AAAUCUCGCGAGAUCUGAAGGUUUGUUUUGGAGGUGUCAUCAUGAGAUCAGAUGGAGGAGGCAGCAUCCACUGGUUGAGAUAAAACAGCUGCCUGUAGAGUGGAAGUGUUGAGUGAUAGCUGAUAGGAAAAAAGGCCAUGGCUACAGAUGAAAAGAGUAGGGAGGAGGGACGUUUGAUAUCAAAAGAAGAGGUGGCGAGGCACAACAAGAAAGAAGAUGCAUGGAUCAUCAUUGAUGGAAAGGUGUAUGACAUGACAAACUAUGUUUCCAAACACCCGGGUGGGAACGCCAUUUUGCGGAACGUUGGAGGAGAUGCGACGAGCGGGUUCCACUCCCAGCCAGCGCACUUCACAGUCGGGAACUACAUCAAGGACAAACUCAAGAACACACACUACGUCGGGGAGUUCAAGUCAUAGGAUUGGAGACUGCUUGUCAGAUUUUAUUUGACUUUUCAUUUUGAGAUGCUUUAACCCUUCUGGAUAAAAGAAUCUCAAAAGGCAGUUCAAGAUCUCUGUCAUUGAUUGGCAAGUUAAGAACAUAACACUGUUCAGUUGGAUGGGUUGGUAAUAAGGAAGUUGCUGUCCUCCCAUUCAAUUUAUCUGGUGCAAAACAUGAUACCUAACUAACCUGGUUAGUUAAUGUACAUUCAGGGAGACUUUGAUGAUAAACACAUGAGUACUAAAUAUCCUGGGUGCGAGACCCAUAGCACACUGGACACAAAGUAUCUCAGUGAGCUCACUGAGAUACUUUGUGUGCUAUGGGUCUGGCACCCAGGCUAGAGUACUAACUACAACUAUCUAACAUGACUGUUGUUACAAGCAGAGACAGAUGGGGACAUAUUGUCUUGCAAUAUGGACCAAAUGCUGAAUUGUCUGGGGGUCGGUGUUGACAUCGUUUUAUGUAAAUGUGUUAUGUGAACAAUGAUGUCAUGAUCAUGUGUACUUGGCUGACAAGUGAAAUUUAACAGAACACAAAAUUCAGCAUGUACUGGGUUCUUUGUGACACAACCAGAGGGAUUUCAUCUGUAGACCUUUUGGUAACGUACCUAACCCACACACUCAUAGCAGAUGCAUAAAAUUCAAUGUUUAUUGGCAAUUUGGCAUGGUGAUGCCAAAGUGCUAGUUACCUAGAUUGCAUAGUACGUUCAUUGUUACAACAUUGAUGUAUUUAAUUGAUGGAUGAUCACAACAGUGAUGAAUAAAGAUAGCUUUUAGAUAAUG